CGCAGCCAAGCCAACUCUUUUAUAAAAGCCCCUCUACUCUGGAGUUUACCUCGUUCUCAUUCCUUGGCACCCUAGGGUUUUACCAAAAUCUUCGUUUCUCUUCUCACUGCGCUAAAAGCUUCAAACUCUCGAUCCAACCAAAAUCACAGAGAUUCGAAGAAGAUGGGAGAGACGAAAGACAACGUUGAGACUUACGAGGAAGAAGAGCUUAUUGAUUACGAAGAGGAAGACGUGAAGGCACCUGAUUCUGUCGGAGCUAAAGGCACCGGUGAUGCAGUCAAGAAAGGCUACGUUGGGAUUCACAGUUCUGGAUUCAGAGAUUUUCUAUUGAAGCCUGAACUUCUUCGUGCUAUCGUGGAUUCAGGAUUUGAGCAUCCUUCAGAAGUGCAACACGAGUGCAUCCCUCAAGCAAUCCUGGGGAUGGAUGUCAUCUGUCAAGCAAAGUCUGGGAUGGGAAAGACUGCUGUCUUCGUUCUCUCAACCCUGCAACAAAUUGAGCCUGUUGCUGGUCAAGUUGCUGCGCUUGUUUUAUGCCACACGAGGGAAUUGGCUUACCAGAUUUGUCAUGAGUUUGAGCGUUUCAGCACCUACUUGCCUGACAUCAAAGUUGCUGUAUUCUAUGGUGGUGUAAACGUCAGGACUCACAAGGAUUUACUUAAGAAUGAAUGCCCUCAUAUUGUCGUUGGGACACCUGGGAGGAUACUGGGUUUAGCAAGAGAUAAAGAUCUCUCAUUGAAGAAUGUUAGGCAUUUUAUCCUUGAUGAAUGUGAUAAAAUGCUUGAGUCACUGGACAUGCGGAGGGAUGUGCAGGAGAUUUUCAAGAUGACCCCUCAUGAUAAGCAAGUUAUGAUGUUUUCUGCGACACUCAGCAAGGAGAUCCGCCCUGUUUGCAAGAGAUUCAUGCAAGAUCCCAUGGAAAUUUAUGUGGAUGAUGAAGCCAAGUUGACCUUGCAUGGCCUUGUGCAGCACUACAUUAAACUGACUGACUUAGAAAAAAACCGCAAGUUGAAUGAUCUUCUAGAUGCAUUGGAUUUCAAUCAAGUGGUCAUAUUUGUUAAAAGUGUGAGUAGAGCAUCGGAGCUGAACAAGUUACUCGUGGAGUGUAAUUUUCCAUCCAUUUGCAUCCAUUCUGGAAUGUCUCAGGAAGAAAGGUUGACACGGUACAAGGGUUUUAAGGAGGGGCAUAAAAGGAUUCUUGUGGCAACAGAUUUAGUUGGCAGGGGAAUCGAUAUUGAGCGUGUCAACAUUGUAAUCAACUAUGACAUGCCUGAUAAUGCUGACACGUACUUACACAGGGUUGGCAGGGCUGGUCGUUUUGGUACCAAAGGACUUGCAAUCACGUUUGUCUCAUCUGCUUCUGAUUCUGAUGUUCUUAAUCAGGUUCAGGAGAGAUUUGAGGUGGACAUAAAGGAGCUUCCUGAGCAAAUUGAUACCACCACAUACAUGCCAUCAUGAAAAUACCUGCUGCAACAGUGUGUCCUAUGUUAACAGAAAGGCGGCACCUUAUUCGACUUAAAGUGAACAAUUCUAUAAUAAUAUUCUACUCUGGUGGUUACCUGUGGGGUUGAAAUGAUCAUUAAUGAGCGCAGGUAUUCUGACAAAUGUUUGUGACAAACUUUGUGUCCCAACAAAAUAGCGAAACCCAACAUAUUACUGUGGCCGUCUUUGAUGAAUGAAGCAGAGGACUUAAAGUUGAUGUGCAAGGGUGCAUCUGAAUCUUUUUCUUGUGAUGCCUUGUAUGUUCAAUUUGACUACUAGUUUUUAGGGUAUGUUUGGGAUAAGGUUUUGGAUAUAUUGCUGUAAGCUGCGUUUUCAAGUCUUCACACGUAACACCUUUGAUUUUGAUUUUGA